AUUGAGGAGGAAGCGCCCCAGCAUUGCCCCGAGGAGACGAACGUUGGCCACUGCCUGGGUGUAGGGCGGCCCCGAGGCGCUGACCCAGCCCACCACCACCACGUUCACGUCCCCCCACGCCAAGACGAAUAAUGUUAGGCGUGAACGAAAAGGGCAUAACAUUGGAUAUAGAGGAGACUUCCGAGUUGCCAAGAAGGUCGACCUGCCAACUAUCAUGAAGACAUUACUGAGACACACAGGAAGGGAGGCGUCGCAAGAAUAGGAAGAAUGAAAGAAGUACAAUGGAGGAAUGAGCCAUAGCGUGUCCGGAAGAUAUGGUGUGACUGAGUAUACAAUUACCAGUGUCUCAAAGGCCGAUGAAGGAAUUUACUUGUGCUCAGCUGAGAACAGUGCAGGAACAACUGAUGAGAGAUUGCAGUUACUGGUAGAAGAUGUACUGCCUGGCACUCUUCGCCCUGCUGUGCCUCCUCCAGGCACCCGUGUUAGUACUGGGGGUGGUGGAGUUGUGUACAUUCCAGCAGGAAGCCCCUAUGAAUUCAUGUGCUCAGGAGAAGGGCCAGAGAGUGACCAGCUUGAGUUCUCCUUCCGUCGCAGUGACAACCGCCCACUGCCACAGGGAUCUCGGACCCACCAGGGUACUCUUUACUUAACUGUUGUGGAUGAGUCAGCCUCAGGGGAGUAUGCUUUUGUGGGCCGUGACCGCAUCUCUGGAAGCAUUCUCUUCACCAUUUACACCACCAUUGAAGUGCUUGACACCUUCUAGUGCCAGGAUGGACGUAUCAUUAACCGUCAGCAGCGUUGUGAUGGCCGAAGGGACUGCAGUGAUGGCUCAGAUGAGAUUGAUUGUCGUGAGUUUUGACCAUUUAUUUUAUUAUCCUAUGUCACUUUUCUUGUAUCAUUUACUGGACAUGUUUUCAGUUGAUUUUUGAAAACUUUCUCUCAUUUUGAUGUAAUUCAUUUUCUUAAUACAUUUUGAAUAUUAUGGUAUUUGCUUGACUAUCUUAUUAUAUUCAUGGUAAAUUUUUUAGUACUCUUUUCAAAGCUUUUGUAAUGAGUCAUAGGUUAUCUUGAUUUGACUCGUCUUUUUAUAAUCUAAGGUCUUUCUCCUCUUAUGCUUUACCAGCAUGUAUAUUUUUCAUGUUUGUGGUAAAUUUUGAGCACAUUCAGUAUUUACCUAAUUGUUCUUCAAGCUUUCCUUGUUUAUUCAUUUAGGUAUAAUUUUUGUAAAUUUUGUAGUACUAAGUACAUGGACAGAGAACACACAAUACAUAUUGGAAUAUAUAUAGCAGAAUUUGUUGUAAUAAGACAGAAAUGCGGUCUUCCUUUAGGAAACACAACAGAGCCCAUUUUCCGUAGGAAAGUUUCCCAAAGAACUGGGUUAUGAUGCAGAAAACCCUCCAUUGAAUUAUGAUUCAUACAAUUUUAAAUUCAUAUUGUGAUGGGUAAAUUUGUUAUUUUACCCAUUCAUGCAGUCACAGAGCUACCAUUCCAGGAAGUUGUGUUUGGCAAGGGUUGACAGUACAUAUAUGCAAACAUAAGUUGUAACUUGCAACAGUGAUUCUUUGUUGCGAAAAAAAUAAAUAAAUAAAUAAAA